CUCUGGGUUGGGGGUUUUUGGCGAUGAUUUACCUGGAUGACAACGACGUCUGAAGGCCCUCUGCGAUCAUUCUCCGCUGCGUUAUCGAGUCCUGGCAGACUGGCAUCAUGCUACAUUAACAGCCACAUCCUACUAUGGCGCCGACGCGACUUUCUGCUCAAAAGGCGGUCAAUGGUGCCCCCAUCGACCAAGUGAAUGGCCACGCGAAAGGUCACGCCAACGGUCAAAUCGCUGACCGUCACAACGACAGACUCGACCGUUCAAGAUGGAGACUGCUAGAUGAGUCAGGCCGUCACACAUGGCACUAUCUGAAAUCAGACCAAGAAAUCCAAGAAUGGCCGCAGACGAUCGCAGACAAGUACCACUUGGGUCUAGCAACAAACCUCCCUGACCUCCCACCUGCCUCGAAACCAUCAGAGUCAAUAGAUAAUUGUCUGACAUUCUACUCGAAACUCCAACUCCCUCCCGGAAACUGGGCCUGUGAAUAUGGCGGCCCUCUUUUCCUGCUCCCUGGCAUUGUCAUGUGCUGGUACGCCACGGAUACACCCAUCCCACCGGAAUACCAGAUCGAAAUGAGAAAUUACCUGUUUGCGAGACAGAACAAAGACGGCGGAUGGGGUCUACACGUCGAGGGACACAGUUCAGUUUUCGGGACAGCCAUGAACUAUACAGUCCUGCGCAUCCUCGGUUCCAGCGAGGAAGAUCCGCGCAUGAUUAAAGCAAGAGGCAAACUCCAUCAACUUGGUGGUGCUAUCAAUGGUCCUCACUGGGCCAAGUUCUGGCUGAGUGUUCUGGGUGUUACACAAUGGAGCAUCGUCAAUCCUGUCCCUCCAGAACUAUGGCUUCUCCCAGACUGGGUGCCCAUACAUCCCUGGAGAUGGUGGAUACACAUGCGACAAGUCUUCUUGCCAAUGAGCUACAUCUGGUCCAAGAAAUACACCAUGCCCGAGAACGCACUCAUUCGCUCGCUACGUCAAGAACUCUUUGUCCAACCCUACGAGACAAUCGACUUCGGUGCACACCGCAACUCCAUCGCCCCAGAAGAUAACUACCAUCCCAAAACCUGGAUCCUCAACCUCAUCAUGUUCAUCCUAGUGUGGAUCUGGAUUCCUUGCCUCCGCACGCGAUCUAUCAUCGAAAAGGCCGAAGCCUGGGCCUGGCGCCUUGUCCAGUACGAAGACCACAACACCGACUACGCUGACCUUGCACCCGUCAGCGCACCGAUGAACACGCUCGUGUGCUAUCUCCACGAAGGGCCCAAGAGCUACUCCUUCCAGCGGCACCUCUACCGACUCAAGGAUUAUCUCUGGGUCAACAAAGAAGGCAUGCUUGCUAACGGCACCAAUGGUGUCCAAGUCUGGGACACAGCCUUUACCAUUCAAGCCUGCGUCGAAGCCGGUCUCGCAGACUCGCCGAAAUGGAAAUCCAUGCUUACUCAGGCCCUGUCAUACCUCGAAUCAGAGCAGAUCCGCGAAGAAGUGCCGGACCGCGAAAUUUGCUACCGCCAAUCGCGUAAGGGCGCGUGGCCUUUUUCCACGAAACUGCAGGGAUACACUGUAUCGGACUGUACCAGCGAAGCGCUACGCGCCGUGUUGCUCCUGCAAAAUGCGCACAAUUACAAACCACUGCUUGACGACAGCAGGAUCAAAGACGCCGUCGACGUCCUGCUGACCAUGCAGAACAAGCAUACCGGGGGCUUCGCUAGCUACGAGCCCCAGCGCGGCAGCGAGUAUCUCGAAAUGCUCAACGCAGCAGAGGUCUUUGGCCGGAUCAUGGUUGAGUACGACUACCCAGAGUGCACGACCGCGGUUGUCACAGUUCUCUCUUUGUUUCAGAAAUUCUACCCGGACUACCGCACUGGCGAGAUUCGUCGCAUCAAGGAGACCGCUUGCCAGUAUAUCCGCCGCGCCCAGCGCGACGAUGGAUCCUGGUACGGCAGUUGGGGGAUAUGUUUCACGUACGGCGCCAUGUUCGCGCUCGAAUCCUUGUCGUCUGUCGGCGAGACCUACACCAACUCAAGCCGCGUCAAGAAGGCAUGCGACUUCUUGAUAGGCCACCAAAUGCCCGACGGCGGGUGGGGCGAGAGCUACCGUGCAAGCGAACUGAAGGUCUGGGUGGACCACCCGGAAAAGUCGCAGGUCGUGCAGACGUGCUGGGCGGCCAUUGCGCUGAUGUAUGCUGGCUUUCCGGACAAAGCGCCCAUUCGACGGGCGCUGCAAAUGGUCAUGGGUCGUCAGCAGGCUAAUGGCGAGUGGUUGCAGGAAAGCAUCGAGGGCGUGUUUAAUUGCAGUUGCAUGAUCACGUAUCCGAACUAUAAGUUCUACUUCCCGGUCAAGGCGCUGGGCAUGUACAAGGCUAGGUGGGGGGAUGAAGUUCUUCUGUGAUUUGAAUAGAGUAAAAGAGUUGGAAAUAAGCGCAAAACAAUUGACAGGGUGUUUACAUUAUGUAGGCAUUGAAGCUGAUGUUGAU